CAGUCGACAAUGGUGUUCACUGUUGGAGUAGAAAACGACAAUUUGAAGUUCGUCAAGUGGACAAUUCCAUUAAAAAAGAAAAUCAAAAGUGCUAAAAAAUUCUAUUUUACUGAAUUAAAUAGGCAAAACGGUGAAAGGGAUGAAAAACAAUUUCAGCUGACUCGUUUCACCAAUUACACUUCUCACUACAGCCUCUCAUGGUCGCACGUCCAUGUUGAAUUUAAUCAAGAUUUCAAAGGAAAAAUUGAACUCGACAUCAAGCUUUGUUUACAAGAAGUCAAAAGCAGUAUCGACGACUCGAAAUCGAGAUCAGAUCAUAGCGAAACUAUUCCGGAUUACCACCGUUCACCGUGCGAAGUUUGGGUAUUCGCCAACAGUGAGAAAUAUUUCCUGAAAAAGUCGAGUGAUUCCGAUUAUUGGAAAUCGGAAUUCUUCCGUGUAGGUAUUCAGGACUCGAUGAAUUCUUCAUCAAUCUUCUUAGAAAUUUGGAUCAAAUUCAACCCCUUCGACGUCAGAGAGAUGAGCGCGCAUCAAAACUUGGCGGACUAUUUGUUUGUCGAGCAAACCAACUGUGACGUAAAAUUUUGUUUUGACGACGGCCGUCAAAUUGGCGGUCACAAGAGAAUCCUGUCAGCCAGGAGUACCGUAUUCGCAGCCAUGUUCAAACACGACAUGCAAGAAGCCAAAACGGGAAAAGUUUCCAUCAAAGACUUUGACCUAGAGACUUUCAGAGAACUUUUACACUUCAUUUACUUGGGAAGGACAAGUGAACCUCUGGACGCAAGUAAAGCUCAGCCACUGUUUCUGGCGGCAGACAAGUACGACAUUUUGGACUUGAGGGAGGAUUGUUCCCGAAAAUUGCUCUCAUCCAUGCAAUUGUGUAACGCAAUUGAAUUGAUGAUCUGGGCGCACAACAACUCAGUCGAUCACGUCAAAGAAGCGGCUCUUGAAGUGGUGGUUCGAAACGGCAAAGAGAUUUGCUUGCAGCAAGACUGGGAAAUGUUAACCAUAAUUCAUCCUGAACUCUGCCCGCUAGCAACUCGGCGCAUGAUGGAAAUAGCGCAGUUUCCAGCAGUUAAAAGAAAGGCGAGUAAUUAA